AUGUUCAACUCGUACAAUAUUUUACGUUGUGCUGAAAAUUUCCGACACACCAUUACUGUACAGCAUAGCAAAGGCUCUCGGAAUCCAUCUAGCCCUAAUAGUCCUCCAGGAAGUCCCAGUAUACCCAGGUUACGCGCCAUCGCACCACAUGGCUCUGGGCCGUGGGUCCGUGUUGCAGUGCCGGCUGACGGCGUCAAGGGCAAGACGUGGGGCCCCAGCACCGUGCAUCAGCGCGAGCGCUGCCAGAUCCCCCUGGCGGCUGUGCCGGGGCUGGCGCCGCAGGCCCUGGUCUUCCACGGGCCCAAGCGCUGGUCCCGAAGCGCGCCGUGCCUGGAGAAGCCCUUGAGCGCCCGGGCCCUGUCGCCGCCCGGCCCGCCGCAGCUCCUGCACGAGAUAGUUAAGCUGAGUUUUUCAGUGAGAACUAAAAGCUUGGGUGAAGGGACAUCGUGGUGCCAGCUAAAAGCAGCAGAGUAA